AGACUGGCACCAGUGCAAGUUCAACGUGAAGAAGGGCGCCUUGGCCCUGGGCAGGUAGGAAAGGACAAAAGGCGUUGCCGCAGGUCUCCCCUGAAGAUGCUCUGCACCGCAACUGCCAGCCCCAUGGGCAGGGACGCGCGCCGUAGUAAGAGGUAAUAGAUUGCUAGUAUCUAGAGCCUUUAUCUACAAGGCGCCGUAUCCAGGAACAAGCAGCGACCAUGGAGUUGGUCGACGAGGGCCUCUACGCCAUUGAUCGCCCCUACCCCAACCCUGCCGACCUCACGGACGAGGUUGAGAGGCCUGGCCCGGGUCCCCAGUCAGAAAAGCUGUCCCCCCAUCCUAUGUACUCCCCUGGUGCCCUUUCUUGGUUUGAUGUCCGAGUAAUCUACGUCCGAGUCUCUGGCUGUCCGCAGGAAGCUUCUCCGGACACCCUGCUCUGCCGCUUCCCUCCGCGGGGAAGUACAACGAGUGUAGAGUUGAACGGGGUUGUCAUCCCCCCCCAGGAGGAGAUUCUGGUGACUCUCAGACGGGACCGGGUGGACUGCAACUCAGAGGAAGCAACCUACGUAAGCACGGACAACAUCCGUGCGAACGGGUCUCUCAAUUUUGAGGUGGGCGCGGCACCCGAGAACGAGCUGAUUGUGUGUGGUGUGCUGGAGAGAAACGAGACGCCGCUGAAAGGGUUCGGAGGAUAUGGGGUGCCGGUCAAGACGGAAUGGAGCCUCGACGUCUCCUGUGCAGUCAGCAGCAUCGGGUGCUGCUUCAUCAAGCCGGACCCGCUCGACUUUGACACGCCGCCGUCACAGCCGCUUGUGGAGGUGUGCCUGGUGGGCAAGUUUGAGGCAGCCCCGGUGUGUCUGGAGCAGACCGUGAAGUUGGUGGCGCGCAGACGGAGUCUCCGGAAGACGGCUCUCGAUGCAAUCCCAGAGGAUGAUGAGGGGGCCAAGUUCUACAGGGAGGUCCAUGGCGACAUUUACGAGAAAGAGGACCGGGAACUGAUGCCUUACAGCAGGCAACAGCUCGCAUACUACGAGAAGCUUUCCCUGGACGAUUAUGGAGAAGGGGAAGAAGGGGAGCUGACUUGGUUCACAGCAGGCGUGAGAGUUGGCGUCGGUCUUGGCCUUGGGCUUAUGCUGGGCGUCGGAAUCGGGAUCGGAUUGAUGGUCAAAACGUAUCAUACGACAACUCGCACGCUGAAGAGGGGUCUGUUUUAAGCUGCUCAUGUGGCCAGUUGAGUUCCUUUCAGAAUAAGCAGAGUGCUCCGCUCGGAAGGAGUUUGCCUCUCAGGGUUUGACGGCCAUUCUUCACGCGUUUGAAACACCUUGUUACCAUGGUCCGUGAGCACCAAUAUCGAUGUUAGGUUUAAUGAAACUUGACUCUUAGUCAAAAGUCCUGUCAAACUGAAGCUCAGUUUGUCAUGGGAGCUUCUCCCAGUUGCACUGCAUAGGUGCUAGACACUGUCCUUGUCAAUUUGUAAGUAAUAAACCGAUGUGGCCCUCCCAAGUUUGGGCAAACUUCCAAUCUUCUGAAUCCUUUUUAGUCCUAAUCGGCAUGAGCCGCUGAUUACGUACAACCAGGAACGGGAUUCUGCCCAUCUCGAUAAUCCAUC